GAGGGGCCCGAUGUAUUAUGCACCUCGCCGUAAGCAGCCAAGACAUCCCGUUAAACCUAGAUGGGAAGUCCUAGGCUUCCAGCUGGGUACCGGGGUCCAUCGACUUCAAACAAGAUGCUUUCUCAAUGGUUCACGCCAAAAAAAAAUACGAGCUUAAAGAGACUGUUACCGUGCCUACGGAAACUACGGCAAGUAUCUAUGCACUUCAAGGCGUAUUACCGUUCCCGCUUCCGUCUAGUCUCCCCAGUUCGCGGGUCGUUAAGAUACUGCCGGAGACCUAUUUUAGAGAUGUAUCACCCCGCGUAUACCCUGCCAGACGCAGACCUGGUAAAAGACUCUGUAACGGCUGACCGGUAGUUUGCGUAUAAACUGAGGCCAACGGAUUUUAUAAUUCCAAAUCAAGGCUCCUUAAGCUUGGCUGAAUGCUAGAUUCCGCAGAAUUAAGGCCAUGUGCCCUCCGUUUCGCAACCCCCGCCGAUCACCAAUGGUUAGAAAACGCGUUGGCUUGCUGCAUGGAGGCGCACUAGCGCGCUACUUUGCCGGGCCGGGUGAACCGUGGUAAGCUGGAAUGACCAGACAAGUCUUGUAAAACGUAGUUUCAUCUGUUGCACCCCGAUUUCAGAUGGAGCCUGGCGGAAAUAGC